GUCGUUGUUCUACUGUCGAUUGCAACACUUCUGUGCCAGUUUGUUGUUAGUUAUUAUUUUGCCUUAGCUUUAGUAGCCAAAAGUAAUAUAUACAAAAUAUAUAAAAAAUAUACAAAAUACCAAAUAAAAAGUGAAAUAAGAAAACAAGGCGCUCCGCUUUUAUAACGAAACAAAGUGAGAUUCAGUGGUUUCGUCCGUUUCGCGUGUGUGACUCUGUGCUUUCAGCCAAGUGUUUGGUCUGGUCACCAGGCGAUCAGCGUCUAUCUUACGGAUACAUUUCACAAGAAUUUGUAAUAAAAGAGAUCAUAGAUCCGAUUUGGUGUUAAUCGAGAAAUAAAGCCGGCUUUUCAUUAACCCAGGACAAAUACACAAAAUAUUUUAAGCAAAGCGUCAACCGCACACUCCAACGCCGAACAAGCUCAAAGCAGCCACAAGCCUUGGCCCACGUACUUAGAAGAGAAUAUAGUCGCAUAGUCAAAUAAAUAGCGCGAACUGAUUCAUUCAAAAAAGCAAUUUAUAGCGAAUAAACUGCGAGUGAUUAUACAGGUUGUCGCACUCUAGAUAUUAGUGUAUACUAAAACAAAAAACCAUAAGAAAACAAAAAACAAAAAAAAAAAAAACAAAAAGAAACGCAAGUCAUACGCAUAAAUCCAAAGGAUAUUCUGAGCCCAAAGGUAGUGAUUAAAAACCGCCAAAAUUCUUCCCUUUGCAAAUUUUAAAAUACAACCACAGCCAAUGCACAAGAUGGCAGCACCGGCCGGAGCAGCGCCGACGGCGGCACUUGAGGCCCCACUAUCCGCCCCAAAGUAUGGCACGCUUAUACCAAACAGAAUUUUCGUUGGCGGCAUAAGUGGCGACACAACGGAGUCGGAUUUGUGCCGCGUCUUUUCCGCUUAUGGCAAUGUGAAGUCUACCAAGAUCAUCGUGGAUCGUGCUGGAGUCAGCAAGGGUUACGGUUUCGUCACUUUCGAGACAGAACAAGAGGCUCAAAGGCUGCAGACUGAUGGUGAAUGUGUCGUGCUAAGGGAUCGAAAACUGAAUAUAGCUCCAGCUAUCAAGAAACAAUCGAUCGUUGCAACGAAUGGUGCUGUCUAUUAUACAACAACACCACCGGCCCCAAUUAGCAAUAUGCCCAUUGAUCAAUUCGCCGCCACGGUUUAUCCGCCAGUUACUGAUUUUACAGCAGCCGGCGUGCCAACAAUUUACCCACCUUCAAUGCAAUAUCAACCAUUUUAUCAGUACUAUAGUGUGCCAAUGGUCAGUGCGGCGAAUGUACCCACCAUUUGGCCACAGAAUUAUCAAGGUAUUUAUCCAUGUUAAUUUUGAGGGUACUAACGACAGCAUCCAUACCCACAACUAUGAUCACACGACUACAAUAAACAACAAGAACAACAGCAACAUUGAUGCUACUACAUUUUAUGCGUAUAAAUAUUUGUAAAGAUGAAUAUUUAAUGUUUCUUGGUGACAGCCAAACAAAUUCACAAAUUGUAAGAGACACAACAACAAAGACACAACUUUAUAACAAUAGCUUCCUUUACUACUACUACAACUACAACUACAACAAUAUCUACGAGUUCGAAAACCGAGAAAUUAUGAGAAGAACAAAAUAGCAAAAACAAAAAAGGCGACAUAAAACAAUAAUUUAUUUGCGGCAAGAAGAAAUUGUUCGCUUUUUAAACACAAAAAAAUGAAGACGGUGGUGCAAAAUGUCGAACCGUUACACCGAUCAAUGCAUAGAUGGUAGGACACUAAAAAGUGCACUAGCAGCGGCAAAGAGGCGAUAAUAGUCGAGAGUCAGAAAUAGUCGAUGGGAUCAGGUCCAAGCAAGGAUGUUUUCUAACCAUAGUAAAGGCUGCUUUAGUCAUUAAAUAAUUCAACGUAAAAAAACAUGGACUGAAAUCAGGGCCGCCGUUUAUUAAGAGAAUGAUUUAAAAUACGCGCACAUACACACAAAUACAUACAUUACAAAACAUACAAACCUUUAAAGUACGACACAAACUCUUAUUUUAUUUGUGUACAUUAACAUGAAAACGUACAGUUUAGAUAUAGAAAAGUAUUGAUAAUUGAAAAUUAUGGAGAAGUUAAAUGAGCAAGUACGCGAACGUAAUAGAAGAAGAUGGAAAGAAAUACUAAAUUUUAAACCCAGUGAAACUAAGUAGUCUUACGUAAUGCUACAAAUCGUAUGUAUGUACAUAUAUGGAAAGAUAUUUAACUGCUACGUAUAGCGCCAGUAAUUGUUUAUUGUUUUCGAAAACAAUGUACGUAUAUGUUAGUAUUUUCGAAUUUCGAAAGUAUACAAAUACCAAAACGGUUUUGCCGUACCAUAACGAAUCGUAGUUAGUUAUAGAAAGCGGAGAAAGACAAGUUGGCAUGUUCGUAGUUUGUAGUGGAAAUAUGAAGGAAUGGUGAAUAUAUGAAUUAUUAGAACAAACAAAGAAAACGAAACUUGUUAUAAUGCGAAGCAACAACAAAAACCUAAAUUAUAACUAAAUAAGAAAAAAAUAUAUAUUAUUUAUUGAUUUCAAUUAUUACUAUAAUAAAUAUUAUACACAACUCUAUAUAUUGAUAAUGACAAAAGUAUAUAUUAUUACUAUUAUAUACUUAUAUAAAAUAUAUAUCUAUAUAUAUAUAUAUAUAUAUAUAUAUAUAUAUACAUUAGACAAAUUAUAUUUAAAGAAUUUAAAAUAAGAUACGACGAAUUAAAAACACCGGCUGGGCCUGUGAACCGGCAAACCCAAAAGCUGAACAUUUAAAAAACAACAAAUUACAGAUUACAAAAAAUUCAAAAAAAAAAUAUAUAUAUAUAUAUUAGUAUAACUUUUAUUAGUAUAAGACAUGAAUUAUAUAGUAGAAGAGUCACUCUUAAACACAAGCAACACAAAACGAUAUUGAACUUAAAACAGGAUUCGAAACUGUAACAAAAACAAAAAUAACUUAGAACAUCAAAAACUAGUAUGUAUUUAAUAAAAACAAUAAACAAACAAAUAUUGAAUAAAAUAACUAAAAGAUUAGUUCUUCUCAAAAAUCUUAUAUUGAACUAAGUAAUAAAUUAUAGUAUGAGAAAAACAAUAAAUUCGAAGAAACUAAGUUAUAUCGUAUUCAUACGUAUAAGCAUAUAGGCAAAGAAUCUGAGUAGAAUUAUAUACACAAUAUUACAAAGUGAAAAACAAAAAAAAACAAAAACAAAUAAAUAUUAAAGAAAAGCAAAAGUACAUAUACCUAAAUAUACAUAUACAAUACAUAUUUUAAGUGAGCAAAAUACACGUAUAUAAAUAUUGAUAUUGAUAAUUAUUAAAAUAAUAUACUUACAACGCAUAUUCAAAUAUUGAUAGACGAUAACCCAUGAAUGUAGAAUGAUAAACAAGUACACACUAAAAAUAUUGGAAAGAAAAUACAAAUAAAAAUACACUUAAAAGCAAAUGUAGGUAUAAACGCCACAACAAACAAACAAAAUAAGCAAUAUAAGCAUAUUGGAUGUGAAAUAAUAAAUAACAAAAGCUAAUUGAAAAUGCAAUAAUCGAUUAAAAUUCUAUUGUUAAGCAUUUAAAAAUAUAAAAAAUUAAUAACAGAAUUGUGAAAGCCAACUAAUUGAGUAGUUCGGUCGCCUAUGACUUGUUAACCAAACCAUGCAAUAUGAUUUCUAAAAUUCUUUGAAAUAAAAUUUAUAAAAAAGACAAUAUAGGCAAAUAAAUGCUCACUAAUAUUUGAACGAGAAGUCAACGGACCACCUAAGAGUGAAAAGCCCUUCCGAAAAGAGCGCUUAAUUGUUUGUAAACCAAAAAAUGUGAGACGAAAGUGAAAUAAUAGCAAAAAAGAAAAAAGAUGCGCAACUUAGAAUAAUAAUUUACAACUUCCUACGGCAAUAAUUUGCAAACUAAUUUAUUUAUGUAAAGCCGUAAAGCUUUUGCUUUUAUAAUAACAUAAAAUUUUCGAGUUGUAUUGUGUGAGCGACACACCCACACACACAGAAGCAUUGACGUUGUAAUCAUUUGAAUUAUAGGAAUUGAUAGUAAACUGAAAGUCAUUUAGUUUAUAAGAAAGUUUUUUUGUCUUAUUAAAUGUUGUUUUCUGUUUUUUUUUUUGAAAUCAUUACAAACAGUAACAUCGCAUACUUAUGCAAGAUAAAAAUGUGAAAAAAUAUUCAUAUGAAAAGACUCGGGGGGGUGUUUAUGUUACAACUUCAUAAAAAAACAUGAAUUAAAUUUUUUUUGAAAUUUUUAGUUUGCUUAAUUAUUAUGUUUACUUGUAGUUCUUUUUUUCUUUUUUGCAACAUCAACUUUUUUAUUUCAUUUUGUAAAACUUUAAAACACACAUAGAUUGUUCCUCAAACUCCGAAGAGUGUCUUUGAACGUUAACAAAACUUAAGCUUUCCUCAGUUGUAAAUUCAGGCGUCUGACAACCAUUUGAUGAAUUCUAUAUCCUUAUUAGUAGAAGAAAAAAUAUGUGUAUUACUUGAAAAUCUCAGAAAAUAUUUAUUAAGAACAAGCGAAUGCUGUAACAUAAACAAUUCCUCAAAAACACAUAGUAAAGUAUCCUAAGUGCCAGAAUUGUAACAGCUAUGAUAUCAAAAACAAGAAGAUCGUAAUUAAAAAGAAGGUAUUAAUUGGCAAUGUUUCAAUUGCGAGCAAAUUUCAUUAAUUUUGCCCAAAUUUCAAAAUAAUGCACUUGAAAUGAGUUGCCACCGCUGUCGAGGUCAAAAGUACCAAGCGACCAAUUUUCAAGAUUUUCAUUCUCUUGUCAAUUACCAAGUGUAGUACUGAAAAAUUGCCGUUAAUUUUAUAUAGUCUUUUGAUUAAUACAAAUAAGGGUGGUUCAAAAGCAACUAAAGAAGUAAAGCCAAAUCUUGGGAAUCUUUCUACUAACAGCAUCGAAAAUAAAAUUCAUUCGACUGAAAAGCCGAAGCGGAACAACAAUUCGACAUAGUUGCGCAACUCAUAGCAAUACUUUGAUAUUCGAUCUUCGCUGUGGAUCGAAAACGCUACUUAUAGUAGCGCUAAGAGCGGUAAUACGUACUUACAUAGCAUUCAAAAGCAAUAAAUAGGAGAUGUUCGAUCAAGCAGAUAUUGCGAUACUGUUGUUUUUCUGCAGAUACUCAGUUGAUUCAUCAAAUUUUUGCGUCGAAUAUGAUGCCUUCCUAUACUCUCUUGAGACUCGAAGUUCGCCACACUUUAGAAAACUAAUUAUAGCUUGUUGACACUUCUCCCAUUUUUAACUAAAAUCUAUUAAAUUGUCAUAGUUUACCAAGCGUUGAAAACUAAAUAUUGAUACUAUUCACACCAUACAUAUUUUAAAUUUGAAAUGAAUUCCUGGCAGUUCUGGUACAUUUACCAUUUAUAUCAUUUUGAUUUUGAGUUAUUUUUGUAAUGUAAUGAAUUAAUUUUUUUUCUGUUAUUUUAUUAUAAUUAUUAUUUUUUUUUUAAUUUGUUUAUUAUUUUUGUUUUUAAUUUCCAUCAUUUCAUUUUUUGUUCGUUCAUGCGUUGGGGUGUUAGAGGCCAUUGCUCAUUGUCAUUAUUGCAAUAUACCACAAACACAUACGCAUACAUACAUAUACAUACAUACACAUUAUAAUUUGUAAGUAAGUUGUUUCCAUGUCGUGAAUUUUAAACGCAUACUGCAAACAUUUACUUAGAAACUUAACUAGCGAAGUUCUCAAAGUGCAAUUGUGGUAGGUAAGCAAUGCGGCUACAUAAUAUCAAAUGCUUAAUGAUUAAUAAAUCAGAGGUUUCAAAAUACCUGUGGCGUACCUAACUGCGUUUAAAUAAAAUCAAAAUCAUGCUUCAUUAAAGAUCAUCGAACGUUCUCAUUGACGAAAACUCGAAAAGCCGGAAUCGUGCUGGUGUUAAACACUCCAAUGUUAUAUGUAUGUAUUUGAAUAUGUUUACCCAUUGAAAGAAAAUAUGAAAUUGCAAUGAAUGACAUUUUAAGCAAUUUAGUUGUUGAAGAAGUCUAUUGUUAAAUUAUGCUUGUUAUAUGCAUACACACACGUAAAUAAUGUAUCUAUCUAAAAUAAGAUGUGGCAAUUAAUUGUAAGCCGAAAAACAGAAAAACAUACAAUAUUUUGUGAAAAAAUGCGUGAUCAUCAUCAUAUAGAAGAAAUUUAUAACGAAAUAAUUUAUAACAAUUACAAAACAAAAAUUUAAAUUAAAUAAAGUAAAAGGAAAAACUAUUUAUAAACGAAAAAGUAAAUCAAAGCAAUAAAUAAGGAAAGUCUUAGUCUUUAGCAGAAAAGGUUGUAGUGAAAAGUGCAAAACGAAGCUAAGAAGCAAAUGUGUAAACAGCGGUGAAGAAAUUGUAAGCUGAAGUUGAACGGCGGCAAUUGAAAUUGAUUUGAUUUGUUUGUAGAUGUAUUAUGUAAUUGACAUGCGUGUACAUACAUAAUCAAUUCUCUCAACUGAAUGCACAUUGUCAAAAUAUGCGCCUGUGCAUUUUUCUGCAACGAAAGGUCAUUGAUAAUCGAAUUGAAAAUUUAGUUAGAGAACGAGAGAGAGGAGGGAGCAAUAAAAAAGUAGAAUUGUGUAAAAGUAUAAGCAUCACAUUACAGUUAAUUAUAUACAUAUGUAGCUCCAUAAUUGGAGAGCCGGCUUAAAUAAUCGGUUUUGAGAGUAAAAAAAAACAAACUGGCGAUGCGAAAAUUAUAGUACAUUCGUGAUAUUUUUAAAAGCAAAAAUAAUUUAGACUAUAUAAAACCAAAUAUUGCUGAUAAAACUAUUUGCAAAGCAGGUUUAGAUAAACUCAUUAUUAUCGCAGCUGUGCAUUUUUCGUAAGCUAUUUAAAGAAAAAACAUAAACAAACAAAUGCGAAAAUAAGCGAACAAACGAACAUUUGCCUACUUAUAGAACGUACAUACACAUGCACAUUCACACACACUCAAAAAUAAGUUGUAAUGCGGCGCAGCCGUUUGCUUUUGUAAGUCAAAUUUGUAAUUCAUGCCAAUUAGCAGGCAAACGCUGAAGCUAUUUACACAUACAACAAACUUAUACACACGAACAUGCAAGGCAAAUUAGAGAAAAAAAACAAAAAAUACGAAUAAAUUUUGCCAAACGCGCCAAGUUUUCCUAUUUUGCUUUUCUGUUUCAGUUUGGUCGGGAGUAAAUUCCUGGUGCAACAAAUGAUUUAUAUACAUACAUACAUAUGUGCUCAUAGGCUACAGCAACUUAUCAUACAUAAGUGUAAUUGCACAACUGUACAUGCAAAUGCAUGCAUGAAGAACAUACUUAGUGAGAAAAUAAAUAUGAGUAAUGAAAUACUGAAUAAAAUGGAUAAUGAGAAUAAAUACAAAAAUAAAAUCUAAAAACUUAAUAAUUAACUUGUAUAAAUAUACAUAAGUAUAUAUUUAUAUGAUUAUGUGUAUACGUACAUACAGACAUACAUAUAUUAUAUAUACAUAAGCAUCUAUGGUAUUGCAACAGAAUAAACACAGACAAGAGAUGAAAUUAGAUAAAUUUAUCAAAAGCAAAAAGCUAAGCAAAAACACCUAUCUUAUCCUUCCUGUUGACUUUAGCAGUAUACUUGUACAAGUAACAAACAAACCUACAUACAUGCAUACAAUACGAAGAACGUAAUUCUCAACAAAAAGUAAAGAAAUAUGAAAUUUAUAAAUUAUAACCCUACUGAAAUUAUCUACUGUUACCUAGACUACUCUGUACUAUGUAGUUAAUAAUUGAUAAUUUAUUAAUACCAUAGACUAAUAUUAUUUAUAAUAGAAUUAACAAAGAAGCGACUAAGAAAGAAGACUUCUAAGUGACUUAACACACAAAACUCAUAAGCGACAUGCACGUUAGAAAAAUCAGUAAAAAAUACAAAAUAAAAACUAAAAAACCUAAGAUAACAUAAAAUUUAAUGAAAACAAUAAAAAAACUGAAUGGAGAGAGAGACAUUCAAGCGAAUAAAAAAUAGUUCUCUUUUUGCAUAUGAGGUACAAUAAAUAUUGGAUUUCGGCAUUGUUGUAGUGAUUAAAAUUAUAUUCUUCAUCUUCUAUGACCAGUUUUGUAUUGAGCGUAUUUAAAUCGAUAACAGGCAUUGAAUAUACUUUUAUCAUAAAAAGGCGUUUAAAAUGCUUUUAUGCGCCGAGAACUGUGCCUCACCCUUUCUGAAACUACUUCCAAAAGAGUUCUUCUUAUAUAUGGAAUUUCAAUCCCAGCAAGAGAUGACUGUUGGCUUCAGUUUGAAGCGUUUGUGACUAAAAUAUCGGAAUUAAGGUCAAUAUGCCAGCAGUAUAAUAUUGAGGCUAUAGCUCGUUCCAAAAUAAUGUUAUUAGUUGCAGCUGAAAAACACUGCAAUGGGGUUUAAUUCAACCGAUAUGGUAGCACUGCUGAUAUCGCGUCACCUGCGAGUUGCAUACUUAUAGGCAGUCACUAUUUAGCAAUAGGAAAUGCAAUUCUGUAUGGUCGAAUUCCUUAUCCGCCAGAACAACAGAGUGACAAAACGAGACAUUUUCGACAGAGUUGUAUUUAGCUGCAAGUCGCUCUACAUUUUUAACCGUUAUUUGUUUACACACACACACUUACGUAGUUAAGUAGUGGUAAUGCCUAUGUGAGUAAGUAGUAGAGUAGUUUUGUUUUAAGAAAAUCUCUUGAACCUUUCAAUAUUUCAAAGAACGCAUUAUUUCUCCGCAGAUAUUUAAAGUAAACAGCAAACUAUCAAACGAACAAUAUGUGUGGAUCAGCGUAUGUUAGCUGAAGAGAUGGAGAAGAAUUCGGAGCGGUAUUAUUAAACCUAAAAAUAACAACCAGAAUAAGAAUAGUGUUAACUGAUUAUAACGUGAUGUGAUCGCUACCAAGUAGCGAGAGCUCGUGGGGACAAACAACGAAAUUUGUCGUUUGGUUCGUAUAUAUAAAGCCGAAGAUGCUUCCAUAAACUGAGUGGCAUUUGCAAACUGCACGUACAUACGAGACACAGAGGCUUUUAAAUAUUUUUUGUUACUUUUAAUUUUAUUUAGAAUAUUAGGCCUGACAAAGCAAUAUUUUCUAAGCAAGCAUUUAAACCAAGGUAGGACAACAUGGUUGAUUGCAUAACUAUUUUUCUCUUUCUGAUUUUCCGACGGUACUACUCAGAAUAUUUCCCAUUCCUCUCAAAACUCAUUAUGUUUGUGACAAAUUACUAAAGAAACAACAGCAUAAACUUAGCGAAAAUAUAUAUAAGUCCCAGCAUAAUUAAGAGCAGCACAUCAACACUAACUGCUGAAAUCUCUAUACUACCUAUUUCUUACAUUACCUUCGUUUGAUAUUGAUUUUUUAUUAUAUUUUCAUAUUUUCAAUUAGACUCUUUACAUGUGUAGUAUGAUAAACAAAAAUUGCAUUUAAAUUUCGAUUUGAAGUAACCAACACUUUUUUAAAUUAUGAAAAGAAAACCCACCCUUCAAAUUUUUUGAUUGUAAUUUAAUUAUGCAUUAACUACUUUAUUGAUUAUUUUGCUUGCAUUACAUAAAUUCGAUUUGGUCAAGUAAAAAUAACAUUAUCACAUUCUCCUUAACCUUACAAUCGGCAUUUCAUACAAAUUGUAUUAUGUACUAGUACGUUUUGUGAUCUCCAUGAUGAGUAUUGGUUAAUUGAAAUUUCUUUUAACAUUUGAAUUUGUGUCAUAUUUCUGUAUCGGAAAAUGUAUGAUGAUUUAAAAAACAAAAAACACUGAAACUAAAUAAUAAUACACAUAAAUAAAAAACUAAACUAAUGCAAAAACAACUGUUAAUCGACGCUGAAUAAAUGAAAUAAAUAAUGUAACCAUUUGAAGUUCUCAUUUCACGUCUGUACAAAUAAAUCGGAUCGGGUGUCAAUUCGCAUUAUAAUUACAUGUGUAUAUGUAACCUUACCUGAAAAAUAUGACUAAAGAUGAGCCUACAUUUAUUUCACCAAUAGCAUCGAUUCUCUGCUAUUUCCUUAGCGUUAUAGUGUCGCCUUUUUACAUUAUUUGCGGGUUGUCAGAUUUCCAUGAUGACAUUCUGACACCUAUUUUUGCGCCAUGUGGUUGUUUGACAGAUCAUAACGGUGAAGCUAUAAUGUCUAAUAUAGAAAAAGUUCUUCGUUUCCAAUUCGCAUUCGAUUUGUUCUCGCUGCUUUGCUUUCUCUCCCCAUCGUGCACCGAAGCAAAGCUUCAUCCCCAACUUUUUAUAAAAAAAAUGUAAACAUUUUCGGAAUAAUGGUCCAAAUUCAGCGAUUUUCUGUCAAUGAGUGGUCCAAUUGUGACUUAAAUUCAGCUUUUUUACUUAUUAAAGUCAUUCAAUAUCUGGUAAUCGACCGAUUUUAAAUAUUACACGGUCGCAAGACAUAUAUUCCAGCUUAGAAUAUAAUCUACAAUUUUGGAACUAUUUUCGAACACACAGGAAGUAUAAUGGCUUGGGCUUUAGAAAGAAUAUUAAGACCCCCGUGAUGUGAUUAGGAUUUAUUUAGUUUGCUGCUACAUUAAUUAUUGAGAGAAAUGUUUUCGACGCUUUACACUUUGGUACCAGCAAGGAGCGAGAGCUCUUAUAACUUCGAAGAAAGUUUAAUAUUUUUAUUCAUAUUUAAAUCUUAAUAAGAUAAAGCGAAAAUACCAUAGCGAUCUAAAUUUUUUAUUGUCGUGUUCAUCAAUUUUCGUAUAUAUCUGUUUCUGAUAGUCUGAUUUUGAGCGUCGCGACCCUUUUUGACUAAUGAUUAUGAAUUUGAAAAUAUUAUACUGGAUAACGAAAGUGAAAGUAUGAACAAAGUUCUGAAACGUAUUUAGGAAUUAACAUUCCUCUAUUUUACAUACAUUUCCAGCGAUUUCGAACAUUACAGGGAAAGGGUCCUGCGUAGUGUAUAUGGUACGAGUACAGUGACAGUGACAGGCAGUAAUAAAGCACGAAUUGAAUGAUUGGCCUGUGGAAAAGACUUCAACUGUAAUUUUAAGAAUUUCCACUCCAUGAGAUAUCAAUUAGGCAAAUAAAACUUGAGUACCAAGUACCCGUAAAUAAGCAGAGGUUAGGAUGAAACACAUGUGAAUUGCACAAAAGGCAUUUUUAGGUUUGGAAAAGUUGCACACGAUGUUUUUUUCGAACUGCUAAAAACACGUACACUAAUUAAUAUACAUACAUAUAUGUAUAUGAAAUAUAUAUAAAAUGUAAAUGCAAAUAAAGAAACUAAAUGUAAUUACACGAAAGCGUAGAAGUUCAUGAAAUACUGAAUUAUAUACAUACAUUUACGGUUGUGUCAAAUUAUAUAAAUAAUUACGUACAGACUACAUGUAUAAGCAUACAUACAUAGAUUCAUAAAUACUUGUAUGUAGGAUGCUAACGUAACAAAUAUAGGAUAUUAUAUUAUACAUAUGUAUAUUGUAUAUUUUUUAAAUAAGUGGUAUAUAUUGAACAAAAACGAAAACACAAAACAAACUCUAUACAAAUCUCGAUGUGGUCUAUUUAUCCUAACAAAACAUUGUUUGACGCCCUCAAUAUACUUACAUAUGUAUGUAUAUAUAAGUGCGUGUACGUUUGUGCAGCCGUGUGUAAGUAUACGAAUUUGUUAAAGUUGUAAAGCAAAUAUGCAAUAUUAAGUAAUAUGUAAUAUUAUAGUAACACAAUAAAUAGUUUAACUUAAUUAUACAAAUUGAACAUAACUUUUGGCCUAGUAAAUGAACAUACAGCAAAUAUUAGCUGCAACUAUUUAUUAUUUUACAAAAAAAAAAAAUUAUAAAAAACUAUAAAAAAAAAUCCUAGACACUACUUAGAAAAUUAAUGAAUACUAUAAAGUAAUGAAAGACACUUGAAAAUCUUGAAUGAAAUCAACAAAAACCGUUAGAGCUCAAUUACUCGUAUAAGUAAUCAAGUAAUCGCAUGCUUACAUAACCUGCCAUAUUUAAUUUUAUAUUUUUAAAAUGUUUAAAACAAUUCGCAGAUUUACCGCAACAUAAAAAUUUAAAGAAGCUAAGCUUUCUUUGAAGGUUUAUUUAAAAUUUUCAUUAACAAUAUUUUUAUGUAUUCAUUAGGGUACCUUAUUCACAGUAUCUAAAGCAAAACAUUAAACGUUUUGUUUGGCCCACCUUAAUAGUUAUACACAUUACAAAUCAGAAGAGAAACUUCAUGUCUGACCACAUUCUGAUAUACAGUUUGAAAACAUAAAUUAAAUUCUGAGAAUAUAUUUCGUAUUUUCAAAAUCUUUUAAAAAUAAAGUUUGUAGAAGAAGAGUGAAAAUAAUAGGAAAAAAUUUUACCGAGAAAUGGUAGGCACUAUGAAAUAUACUAUAUAUUUAUAACAAAUAAGUUCUGAGUCAGCAAACCCAAAAAGUGUGAUAUUUCUGUAAUAAUUCAACGAUGGCCACAACCUUUGGAGUUUACACGAUUAAUAUCAAACGUAGAUUAGACUCCAUGUCUUCUUUCUGAAUAGAGAAAGCUUUGUCGCAGAACUUACCACAAAGUAUCUCCAACUCAGACUAACCUAACUUUUUUGAAAAGCUUAUCAGACAGAGCACUUGGUAAUAAACAAUCUCCAUAUUUUGAAAACUGUUUGGCGCUGGUUGAAAAAUCUGAGAUUGAGAGUUUUUCGAGAUUCGAACACUUCAAAGACACUGUUUACCCCGUUUAAGAGUACUCUAAGUAAAGUUUCAAUGCAUUUGCAUAUUAUAUUAUAUUUGUGUUAUGUGAUUGUGUGUAAGCAUGCGGUUGCCAAUUAUUAUUUAAGCUGAUUUAGCUGUCUUCAAAAAUGCUCCAAAUAUGUAGGCAAAAAGAACGUUGAAUCUAUAAAACGAAAUUGAAAUAGAAAAAAACUCUUGUUGGCGACACUAAUCGAAACUAUUUGUGAAAUUAUAAUUUGCAUAAAUCAAUUAUUUAGGAAUAUACUUAAAAAAGUAAGAAUUAUAAUUAAAUAAUACUAAAGUACAUGAAUACAAUAAUUAUAUGCAACGAAGAUUUAUGUAAAAUUAUUGUGUAGAUAGAUUAAGCGAGCAAGGGCUGUUUAAAUAUGAAUUUAAUUUUCCAUACCACAAAUCAUACAAACUGAAGUAUUAAACUCAUAUUAACCGUUGUUUUCAUUAUUUAUAAUUUUAUUCUGAGGAAUCCAGUAACUCGAAAAUUAUUAUAUUUGUUAAAGUUAUACGAGUAUUUCACUACGAGGGUGACAAGUGACAACUAGUUACAGCAUUCAUUGAUUCUUUGUCUAUAUAAAUAUGAUUUUAUACAGACACAGAAUCUGCAUUGAGAUAAGUCCUGAGGUUGCGCCUGUUCCUCUGAAGCUGCUUCACUGGUAGCAUCUCUGGCGAGACAUUGACACAGUCGAUGCCAAAGUCGAGACCUGCUCAAAAGCGUCUUAGAAAGUUAGUAUUUCAGUCAUCGCAACUAGAAGAACUAGUUUUCAAAAAGCAGACUUCAAGCAGCGAACUUCCAUAUGUACCUAUUUCUUAAGCUACUUGAAUAAAAGUAUCUCUCACAAGUUAAAUAUCGCCAGAAGUGGAUGUUGUAUUUUAACAAUUUUUAUUCGUACAAGCAGAGGCUUUUUGGAAAAAUAUGAUAUUUUUUGGCUGCAAGAGUGAUUGCUAAUUUGAAGUAUGGUCAAUGUCAAACCGAAAGAUUCCAAUAUAUACAAAUGUAGAUCAUUGGAAAAAGAAGAUAAGUCUAAUUAUCAACAGUUUGGUUUAGUUAAAAGAUUGCAGCUAAGAAGGAUCUCACCCAACAUUAUCAGCAACAGUUACUUUUAGCCAAUUUUUGUAAUGUGGUUCAAAAUGUAUACGUAUACAUUUUUUAUAUUCGACCUUUGAAACUUUUUAAGGCCAAUGCAAUAAAAAGCUGUAAAAGAAAAGUUGUGAGGUUCAUUGUUGUCUCUCUGUGAAAAUUAUAAUUAUUUUCCUUAUAUGUAGUUUUCAAAUAAUUCUAAAAUUAAAUGAUUUAUUUUCUCCUUUGUAAAUACAGUAAAUUCUACUCAUUACUUAUUCAUUUAAUAACAUAAUAUAUAUAAUAGUUAUAUACAUUUAUAUGACUUUGUUAUCAUUGAAAAUGCAUAAAGCGCUCUCUUUUAUAAAAGUGUACAAAUUGUAUGUAUGUAAUUGUUUAAAAACGUACAUAUACACCACAACUGUAAGAUAUUUACGAGAAAAUGAUCAUCAUAUACAAACAACUCUAUUUUGAUGCGUUUUAUUAUAGUGAACAAAUGUAAGAUUUGAUUUUUUGAAACACAUACAUAUAUACUAACUGCAAUACAAGUAUUGAUUAACUAAAUUAUAAAGUAAAAUUAUUUCCGUACCCAUUAUCCAGAUUUAUUAAGAGUAAUGACUAUAUUCCGGCAAAAAAUCGUAGUAAAUGUAACAGAGAUAUGUAUAUGUAAGUAAGCCACCGAUUUUCGCCAACGAGAUUUGAUUACCGAAGUCAUUAAGAAAAUCUACUGGAACAAUAUUAUAUGUUGUUGUUGCAUUUUGCUGGCACAUACUUAAGUACUCGUAUGUGUAUAAAACCAUAUGUGUAUGAAAAGGUAUUUAUUUUCAUAGCAGUUAACAGCAGAAAUCAAAAUUAAGCACCCACAUGUAUGCAUGUGUAAAUUAGAUUUGCAUGAGACGAAAAGUGUUUAUAUCAUUUGGAAAUUGGUUUUCAAAAUUGUUAAGAAUUCAAAUGAAAUUGUAGCGCAAAAUGGUUUCACCGAAAUUGUUGAGUAUUUUUUACUAUAUGUGUACGAUAUUUACUUAGUACAUAUGUAUGUGCAUAUGUGUUUACAUAUGACAAAAACGAUUUAUUAUUAUUCGUGCAUCCGCAUAUAGAUGUGCUUAUAUAUAUACAAAUACCCGUUUAUAUACUAAAUGCAAUCAAAUGCCAGUCAACGGAUCGCCCGUCGAAGCAUCGAAAUACAUUAUUCGAUGGCAUGAAAAUAUUCCCAACUUCCUCUUCAUAUAAUUUCUUAUUUAUUCUUCCCAUCUGGUACACAUAAUUAGCGCUGGCCCUUUUUUGUAUUUGUAUUAAGGAAUGCUAAUAUUAACUUCUAGUUAAAUUUGACAAUGGAAAAGGAAAACUUUUUCAGCCUCAUACUAUGUCAAACCAAUGGUAGCUUCAUGUCUUAUGUGCUAUGGAACAAUUUCUGCUUUUCAUCGUGGCUUUAUCUGCGCUAAUUUACUUUCUUGUUUUAUAAAUACUUUCCUGAAACAGAAUUUAAACUACUUCUAAUAAAACAAUUUUCAUAUACAUAUGUAUGUAAAUAUGUUAUAUCUUGCAUUUUCAAUUCAAAUUGUCUUUCAUUUCUAUUAUAAUCACUUUGGUCGCACUUUGCAGACACAUCAUAAGUAAGCCUAUCUGAGACAUAUUCGAAGUACUUAACUGUUUAUUUUAAAAUAAUUUUCCAUAUCUGAGCCAGCAUCCAACUUAAAACCGACGCAUACUAAAUUCUGUUUACUCCCGACUUCCACGUUAUUGUGAAUUUCCUCAAACGAAUUAUGUGCAUAGGACGGUUGGGAAACCUUCGACAGUUUUUCUCUUAUAGUGGAACCCAAAACUUGUCUUUAUUAUGUCAGUCGCAAAAAGUUUAGACAUUAUAAGAAGUCAAAUCAAAUUACAGAUUCUUCCCAAUUUUUUAUUCUUUAUGACUGUCAAGUUAACAGGCGAAGUAUUAAUAUGCUGUUGAGUAUAAAUAUUAUGAGACAUGCUAGUCGUAAAAAAGGCUUAUGGAUUUCCGUAUCGAUCGAAUAAGUAAAAGCGGUUGCAUGAGAGGUCUCCCCUGAAUGUCGCAGCAAUUUUACGAUUUGUCAAUAAUCCCAAAAUUUGUUGUGUUAUGCCUCGUUUAUACUUUGCCUUUUUAUGAAGAAUUUGUAAUACUUGUUAACAUAACUGCAAUUAACUAAAGAAAAGCCAAUCUAAAUAAGAUUUUUUUUUGUAUUCAAAAAAGCAUACAAAACAAUAUGAGAAUGCAUUGGUUUGACAUGGCACACUCUGUAUUUCAAUAAAAUUCUUUUAUUUAUGAAUUCACUGUUAUUUUCUGAAUUUAUAAAACUUCCAAUGUCUCCAUUCCAUUCCUUCAAAUAAAAAAUUAAUAUUCAAAAUUUUGUGAAUUGGGUUAAUCCGUAGCGAUCACGUCUUCACUGUUAUUUAUAUGAUAAUUGUUAUACAUAAGUAUAUACAUAUAUACUACAUGCGAUCUUGUCGAAAACUACAAAAAUAAUUAAUUAAUAAUUUAUUAUAUUGAAAAGUGUAAAUGCUGAUCUCUACUGUGUUCUAUCUGAUUAACGAUAAAAAAAUAAGUGAGAAAAAUUUAUCGAAUCAAAAAAUUACAAAUAUGGCAUCAAGUUCAACUCAUAAAAACCAACACGAUUAUUGCAAAUAAAAUAAAAAAGUGUAAUAAAACAAAUAUAUAUACAUGCAAACAUAAAUAUAUACAUAGCCAUAAAUAUAGAGGUACAUAUAUUUUCUCUUUUGAGACGAGAUAGUUUUAAAAUUGAGACAAUGAAUAUUAAAAUUGUAUAAUAUGAAGCAGCAAACCAAAUAUUGUAUUGUAUCGUAUUAUAUGUACGAAUAUACCAUUAUUAAAAUGAUUGUUGAAAUGUGAGAAAUUAUUGUAAUUUAAACAAAUAAAUAUACUGAAUAUAUAUAAAGUAAUAACAAACAUGAAAUGUGUCUUCAUAACAUUAACAAUGCAUGACAUACAUACAUACAUACAUGCAUGCAUGCAUAUGAACUUCUAAAUUAUGUUAAAUGUACUUGUCGCAUUUUUCAAUUGAAACGAUAAAACAGCGGCGAUUGAAUUUUGAAAAAUCAAACACAUUUAUCUACGAGUACUAACGGUACAAUGCUGCACAUGUUCAUAUACAUACAUAUAUGUAGUAAUAUAUACUUGCAUAUGUGUGCAUUAUAGUGGUACAACCAAUCUGUGCAGACUUCACUUGCAACGAACCCGAUUUUCACACUUCACGCACACACACACACAUUCACUCACUCAAAAUGCCUAUGUCCCUAAGUAUCAAGGAGCAUGCGCGUUGAAAGUGCAGAACUCAACUCGUCUACACACAUUUGAACUAAGUAUCCAAUAAAGAAAAUCGAAAGCAAAAAAAUAAAAUAAAAAACAAAAAACAAGAAAAAACAGUUACAAAUAAAUAUACAACUUAUUUAGAUGAAGUAUACAGUACAUACAAAUAUUUCCAGUAAAUAUGGUAAAUGUGUCAGAAAUUAACAAAAUUAACAGAAUUAAUAUAUCAAAUAAACUAAUACUCACACAAGUGGCAAAACCUAACAGAUAUUUGACAGUCACACAUACACACUUACAACAAAGGUAAAACCAAUACACAGAUACAUAUGAAUGUGCGAUAUUUGGAAGCACAAACUUGAAACGGAAAUAGUAGAAAGGAAAUGCACGCAAUACUCGUACGUAUGUAUGUGUGUAGUACAACGCGAAUUCACGAAUUCAUUUCCGGCGCAAGGAAAUCGGUAAACGAGAAGACGAGUACGAGUGUGGCAUGAACAGUGGGCGCGCUGAUGAAGCGAUAAAGAAAUUCAUAAAAAUAUAUAUACAUAUAUAUAUAAAGUGUAAUUAUAAAGGCUGUAAUUUUAAGUAAAUACAAUUAAAUAAAUUCGACACAAGAAGAUAAUGUUGAAAAUAAAACGUAAAUAAAUAAAUAUAAAUAUACUGAACACGUAAAAUACUGAAAAGAGAUACAUUUCACCCACUCAAAGAAAUUACCUAAAAUUAAUCUUACAAUAAAUAUACAUAUACUAAAUAUUUAUGACAACUCUAUGUAUGUAAUAAUAAAAUAUAAAAAAGAUAAUAAACUAACACUAAAUAAAUAUUCGUAAAAUCAUCUGAAA